AUGGCUGCAGCUGUGUUUGGGCAAUGCAAGGAAGCCGAAACACCUCUACACACGGACGACACUGGCUGGGCGGAGUGGCCGGAGGAUUGUGCGGAGCCCGAUGUGCUGCACUGGCUCCGUCACCACAUCGACCAAUUUCUCCAGUUUGCGAAUGAACAAGGCUUCCAACCUCCAACGCGUCGGCGGUGCUUUGCCACACCGAACAAGCAUAUCCCCGGAUCUGUCAGCAAACGGAAGCUAGACAUUGGCAUCAUCUAUGGCCGGCGGAACGAGACGUCCGACGAUGGUGCUCCCUGCGACUGGUGCGACGUCCUCGUCCCAGGCGAGCUGAAGAGCAACCCGCGGGAGGAUAAUCACAGCAGCACCUGGUUCGAUCUGUCUCGAUAUGCUCGGGAGAUCUUUGUCGCUCAAGACACCCGACGGUCUGUUACUGGCUUCACACUCUGCGGUUCUAUCAUGCGGCUCUGGGCAUUCGACCAACUCGGAGCGGAAUGCACAACUGGAGCGAUAUCAUCUGGAUGGCAUCAUAAAGCGACAGCGUUGUGUGGCAGGAUGAGCGACGACCUGUUGGAAGUCCACGAUAAAUCCGGCAAGCCUUUCGUCGUUAAAGACUCUUGGGAGUUUGAAGAGCGGCCGGAGGAGGGGCCUCUGCUCAAGAAGGUAACGGAUGCGGGCGUGGAGAAUGUGGCAGAGUACCACCACCACGAAAUUGUUCAUGAUGAAGGUGAUGUUGUUGAUAUCCGCAACAAACUGCGCAAGGGGCUGGAAGAUGGAGGUGGGAGGUAUCCACUACGAGGGCACCCAAACUCACAAACACUCGCAGACCUGUCCAAGGCUGAAGGCCACGCUGCUGAUUCAAGUGAGGGCAGAAUUCUUGCUCGAAGCUUGGUCAUAUAUACCAUACCAUUCCUUAAAUGGGUCCCUACGCUCGGGAAAGGGCCUUACUCUGCCAGGGUUCCCAAGGCCCCCUUUGACACUGUUGUCGAUCGGUGGAUCACAGCAGCCAGCCAGAACACCUAG